AUGGAAGAGUCCUCAUUCACGAUCCCGGCCGACGACAAUGGUGAUACUGAGCUCGACCCUAGAAUACAGGUCCCUGUAACUGCAAAGAUGAGUGUCAACUUUGUCGAUUAUUUCGCCAACGAGCACAAUGGAUACGAUAUCUUAUAUCAAAACAUGAAAUACGGACUCAUUGCCAGCAAAGAGCUCUCAGAGUACCUUAGGGAAAGGUCGAAUAUAGAAGAGACCAAUUCGAAAUCUUUAGCUAAACUAGCGAAACAAGCGAAUAGUAAUUGCGCGCAAGGUACGUUCGCUCCAUUUUGGGGCGUAUUAAAAUGUUCCGCCGAGAAACUGUCGAACCUACACCAGCACAUGUUCCAAAAACUGAGUGAACUGGUCAAAGAUGUUGCCAGAUAUGCUGAAGAGCUUCAUAAGAAGCACAAAGCUGUUAAAGACUCAGAGUCCAACACACUAGAGGUGGUGCUACUCAUACAGAAUACCAAACAAGCUUUACAGAAAGCCAAGGAUGUAUACACCAGUAAGUCAGCAGAGCUGGAGAAGCUGAGAAAAGAUAAUGCAUCUGCUAAAGAUAUUGAGAAGGCUGAGGUUAAGAUUAAGAAGCUACAUGAAGACUACAAGCAAUUAGCUGAAAAGUACAACCUGGUGAAACAAGACUUUGAAAAGAAAAUGACCCAAACAUGUAAACAUUUUCAAGAUGUUGAAGAAGCACAUCUCAAACAAAUGAAACAAUUUGUGAACUCAUAUGCGGAUAUAAUUCAGAACAAUCAUGACAUGAUGGGUCAAGUGCAUCGAGAUUUCAAGCAUCAAUGCAUGGAGUUAACUGCUGAAAAACUGCUUGAGCAGUUCCUUAUUGAAAAAUAUAAUGCAAUAGAGAAGGCAGUUUUAGUUGAACUACCUCUUUCAUUACCUAAGCCUGGAUCAGCAAACAACUCAAUAUCUGAGGCUGACCAGAUAUCAACUGUCUCAAAUGGGUCACACAAACCUGCACAACCAGCUAAGGCACCAAAGAAGGAGCCAUCAUUUGCAAGUAAAACUUCAAGGAGAACUACCUCACUGUUGAAUUUGUUUACCCCAAAUUUCCAAAGCAAGGAGGAGCCCAGUGGAAGUAUCGAGGGUGCGGCACCAUGUUCUGCUCCAUCCAGCCCAAGUGGUACACCAGCCACGCCAGUGGCACCCGAUAAAGAUGACAACAUGGGCAGAACUACACUCAGAGAAUCUAAAUGGUUCUUGCGUAGUAGAAGAACUAAGCCUAAACUGAAAAAAGCAAAAAAGAAGAAGGAUGAAAUUUCAGAAAACUCAAAUACUGGUGAAAAGUCUGAUUUAGAAGAGAAAGAGGAAGAAGUACCUACAAAAGAAGAUUUCAUAAAUUCCCCAGAAGUUGAUGAAGAAGGAUACUGUAUUAGACCCAAAGAUGAAAAAGGUAGUGUGUACUCCUCUACAGAUUCAGAUUCAGAAGAGGAGCGGGAACAGAAGAUACAUGUAGAAAUAAAACCCAUAAGUAAUGGUUGCAAUCCAAUAUCAGCAAGUGUAGAUGAGCUCAGAGCUACAGUUGAAAAUAUAUCUCUGUACAAAAUUGGCACAAACAGGCGCGGGUCUAAUGCGAACACUAGCAAAGCAAGCAGUGAUUUAUUAGACUUGAACUUCUUUCAAAGUCCGACAGUAAGCAACCCUGCGUCGCCACACGGCAAUGUUUCUAAUCCCUAUGCCCCUCUACAAGGCAAUCAGUCACACCUACUUGAAAGCCCUACUCCCGUUUCUAAUGCUGAAGUCGGCGAUCUCUUUUCGGAAGUAGGAGAAAUGGGCCAAACGAACAUCCGAACUUCUACUCCUACUAUGUCAUCCAUCUCGCUCCCUCGUCCGCCUUCGAGACGCUCCGAAGGUGACUUCCGUACCGCCGGCUCCUCGGGGUCGCGCGGUCCUUCGCCGCUUACUAUCGGUAUGGCGGAUACUAUACCAUUGGCUGUCGCUUUCCAUGAGAUUAUUCAUUCCUAUUUCCGUGGUACGGAAGAAUCAAAGUGCCAAGUUAAAAUGUCAGGAGAUAUGAUGCUCUCGUUUCCCACCGGCAUCGUUGGCGUAUUGGCUAACAAUCCGAACCCAGCUAAAUUGUGUUUCAGACUGAAAAACAUUCAUAGAUUAGACAAUGUGCUACCCAACAAACAAUUGAUUAGUAUUAACACGAUGAUGUCGACUCGUGACAACACUGUGGUCGAGUUUAACAUGCCCGCUUUAACCUCAUUACUGAAACGGCAGUCUGAAAAGAAUCCUACAGCGCAGUACUUCAACGUAGAUAUACUUAAAUAUCAAGUGCGACCCAAAGCCGGUGCCGCGUCAUGUCCUCUCCAAAUGGUGUCUUAUUGGAAAUGUGAACAAGAUCAUACAGACUUAAAAGUCGAUUAUAAAUAUAAUUUGCAUGCAAUGAGUCCACCAUCUCCACUGCUGAACGUAUCAGUGUGCGUGCCUAUGAAUGGGGGAGUAAAGAACGUGAUUGCGAUGCCGAAAACGGCUUGGAGCGGAGAAAACGAACAAGCGAUGUGGCGCUUCACUGAGCUAUCGCAGCACUCGGAGGACAGGGGCGUAGGCUCGCUAAAGGCGCGCUUCGAGUUGGGCAAAGGUCCGUCUAGCAAAGCAACGAUUUCGGCGCAAUUCAAUUGCGAGGGCGCGACCCUCUCCGGCAUUGAGUUCGAAUUAAUAGGCAGCGGCUACCGACUGUCCCUCGUAAAGCGACGUUUCGUCUCUGGCAAAUACAUUUGUGAUAGUGAUUUGAACUGA